CCGCAUAUAACCGCUUAUGUUAACUAUAGUGAUAUAUCAUUAUUAUAACUGUUACUUAACAAGAGUAAUGAAAUAUGCAAGUAAGAUAUGUCACCGUUUGCGAAAACUGUCGCCUACGGAAAGUCAAGUGUGAUCGAAAACUUCCGUGUUCAUCAUGUAAAAGGACCUCAAUUGAUUGUAAAUAUAAGACUUCUGCAAAAAGAUUAUUAGAUAAUAACAACACUCACGAUCCUACUGUUGUUUCGGACAUAGGUUCGGAUGAGUUCAGGUUUCCUAAAAAGAUUCAUAUAAGUACAGUAUCGCCUACGGAUGAAGAAUACAAUGGAAAUGAGUAUAAAUCCGAUGAUAUAGAUACCAUAAAUGUAUGUCAAGAGUUUCACCAUGUGUAUGUGAAGCCAAAUACGGUACGAUGCAGUUAUGGACCAUUCACUUGGGUAUCAUUUAUGAAAAGUGAUAAAACGUUACGUCAUAUCUGGAACUAUAUUGAUUUCCUAGGAAUAAGUAACUUAUUUAAAGCAAUGGAAGGAGUAGAUCAAGAAUCACUCAAUAACUAUAAUUGUUUAGAUCAUCAAUAUUUAACAGGAAUAGUAUUGUCUAUAAAUCCGUUAUCAAUUGUGCCACAGGAUCCAGAAACAUCAGAAAGUUACUUAAUAUCAAUUUUACCAUCUCGAAAAGUAGUUUGGACUCUAAUUCGACGCUUUUUCAAAAUAGUAUACCCUUAUGUACCAAUUGUUGACGAAAGGGAUUUUCGUGCCCACAUAACUAGAAUUCUAGAUGAAGAAAGUUUUGAAGAGAUAAAAUUUGAAACAAUUAAUGUUGACAAUAAACUCGAUUUUGCUCAUCUUGGUACAUUACUUAUAAUUUUAAGAUUAAGUUACUUGUCAUAUUUAUCGAUGAAUUUGAAAUUGAAUGAUACUAGCAAUAUAUCAAAUCAUGAUCUGAAAUCACUAGAAAGAAAAUUCAUAUUAAAUAAUCCUAUUAGUUUACAAUUGGUCUCUCUAGCAAAGGAAUAUCUUAAUGAAUUUGAUAUGUUUGAGAGGACUAGUAUAUAUGUUUUCCAAUUGGCCUUGUUUUUGAGAACAUAUAAACACUUUGCCCCUGAUGAAGGAGAUACACCAGAUGGAUGUUAUGUCCAGGUAUUGACUUCAACAUUAGUCAGUAUUGCAAAUAACUUAGGUAUUAAUAGAGAAUGCUCACAUGAUGUGACUGAGAGAGGAUUAUUUCGCAAAAUGUUCAUUCACCUUAAUGGAUUAGAUAGUUUCGAAUCAUUAACUUUUGGUACUCCGACAUCUAUAAAUUAUAGGUUUAUCGAGAAUAAGUUUGCAAAAUUUGAUCCAUUAACUUCAAACUUAGUAGAUAUUCGAUUGGAACAGGAAAUAAUUUCAGCGUAUGAUAAUUUGGUAGAAGUCCAUGAUCUACUUACUGAAAUAUAUACCCUCACUAUCAACUUGAAUGUUCCAGUUUCCAUAGAAGUAUUAGGUACAAAAAUCAAGGCUCUUGAGAAGAGACUUGUAGCAGAAGGUUUAAGAAUAGGUUCAGAUAGUUUGAAAGAUUCAUUUGAAGUAAGGCAGUCCUUAUUGGGGUUCCAAGUUCUAUUAACAAUUUAUUCAAUAUUAUUCGUUCAUUAUGAUUCAAAAGGGCAAUAUUCACAGAGUUUCAGCUAUAUUUAUAACGCGGUAAGAUUGAUCAAGAUAUACAUAAUACCAUUUUUGAGAUCAUUACAUGAAGUCAAUGAUAAUGUGUUGGUUAUAUCAUUACUUCCUUUGGUUCAGAGUUUAUAUCUUAAGAUAGUUUUGGUAGUGUGUUCGUUAUUACUUAGAAAUAAUGUCUCCUUACAAAAGGAAGCUAAAGACUCAGACAGAUUGAAAAGUUUGAUAUUAUUAUCAAUUUCUUUGAGAAAUACAGCUAUAGAGGUAUUAGAAAUUCUUUCACCAUUUGGUACAAGAUACUACUACUUUUGGAGGAUAACCAGAGGAUGUAACGGUGUUUUAAAAAUUUGCUACUCGAGGGAUUUCUAUGGAACAAUUAAAGAUGAUCCGAGUUGCGAAUUAAACUUUUCAUCAUUAGAAGUAAAGCUUUUGUUACAAUUAUUCUACGAAGAAGCAUUACAAGGAAAUGAAUUUGCCACUAUUGAUUUAAAUGCUGUUAUUAAUGCAAGCAUUCCAGAGAUAUCUAACGACUACAUUAGUGGCAUAGAUUUGAAUAAAUUUUGGUAUAUUGUAAAGAAAGGAUCAAAAUCGACCUCCAGCUCUACCGAAUCAGUUAUAGAGACUGAUUUUAAUCAUGAUGAACCUUUUGAUUUUGAUUAUUUUGCUGGUUUCUAUAAUGAAUUCUUUAACGGAUUAGAUCAAUAAAUGUGCAGCCAAAUGGUUUCGCUUUUGUGUUAUUAUCUCGGCCGAGCUGCCAGAAAAAUUGAAAGGCUGUAUUAUAGAAUGCCCGGCCGAGCUCUCAAAAAAAUGCGUGGAACUACUCAUAGUUUAGUCGGCCGAGCUCUGAUUUGCAUCUUUAAAAUGUUUCUUAGUCCAUAGUAUAUAUAGCUACCAUGAAUUAUACUUUAUAAUAAUG